UUUGCCUUGUUUUAAUCGAGGACAGCGCUUUUGUAUUUGUUAACUUUAACGCUUACUAGAACAAAGCAGGCAACAAUCAUGUGUGGACAACAUGUUUAGUUCAUUCAGUCCCGAGCGAUUUUGUGUUUCUGUAUGUAUUCGUGCGAUGAUUGUUUUUAUGUUUAUAGUGAUAAUGUCACUGUUGCUGAAUGUAUUGUGAUCUGUAAGGGGAAUGGAUGAGUACCGGUGUCGAGUUUGCUGCUGUGAUUUUAUUUACGUUAUUUAUCUCAGGCGGAUCAAAUCAGAUCUGUGGUUAAAUGAAUGUUCAGUGAAGCUCCUCCCACAACAAUCACACCAUCAGUGAUUUCACCAAUAAAUGCUGAAAUAUUUCCAUCAGCCUACAAGUGAAGAUGAUGAGCAUCAAACUACCAGAAAGCACUAAAAUCUGUAAAGAUUGAAUUGAAGAGAGGGAAAAUGAGUGAUCCAGAACCCUGCAGAAUGAAACGCACUGAAGAACAAAGAGAGUUGAUUGAAGAGAAUAAAGAACCAAGUGAAGUUGAGAAGAAAAGUCUUGUCAAUACUGAAGAAAAACUUUUGAGUUGCUCUCAAACCAAACAGAAAUAUUUAAAGAAAAGAAAAGCCAAGAGGUCUUGCGCUCAGUGUGGAAAAAGUUUCCCAUGCAAAUAUAGUCUUGGUGUUCACAUGAGAGUUCACACGGGAGAGAAACCGUACACAUGUGUUCAGUGUGGGAAGAGUUUUGCACAAAAAGGACAUCUUACAGAGCAUAUGAACAUCCAUCCUGUAGAAAAACCUUAUAAGUGUUCACACUGUGACAGGAGAUUUAAUAAGUCGGGACUCCUGAAAAAACAUGAGAUGAUUCACACUGGAGAGAAACCGUACAAGUGUUCACACUGUGACAAGAGAUUCAGUAAGUCAGUAAAUCUAAAAACACACAACAGGGUCCACACCGGAGAGAAACCGUACACAUGUGGUCAGUGCGGGAAGAGUUUCACACUAAAAAACCACCUUACAGCACAUAUGAGAAUUCAUACUGGAGAGAAACCUUACAUGUGUGAUCAGUGUGGAAAGAGUUUCACAAAACCAGAAACCCUUAAAGGACACAUGAACGUCCACACUGGAGAGAAGCGGUACACAUGUGAUGGAUGCGGCAAGAGCUUUUUCUGGGCUUCAGUCCUGAAGAAACACAUGAGAGUUCAUACAAAGGAGAAGCCAUAUUCAUGUUCUUUAUGUGUAAAGAGUUAUUCACGUCUAGAACAUUUGAAAGUACAUCAGAAAAUACAUACUGGUGUGAGAGAGUACAUGUGUUUUGAGUGUGAAAAGACUUUCAUUUCAGCUGACAGUUUAAAACAGCAUGAGAGGAGUCACACUGGAGAAAAACCGUACAAGUGUUCACUCUGCGACAAGAGAUUCAGUUAUUCAUCAAAUCUGAGAACACAUGAGAGGAUCCACACUGGAGAGAAACCUUACGCAUGUUCACACUGUGACAAGAGAUUCAAUCAGUCAGCAAAUCUGAAAACACAUGAGAGGCUCCACACUGGAGAGAAGCCUUACAAGCGUUCACACUGCGACCAAAGAUUCAGUCAGUCAGUAGUCCUGAAAACACAUAAGAAGAUCCACACUAGUGUAGGGUAUCAGAGCGAAUCAGACAAUUUAAGAUUCGAUCAGAUUGGUGUUGAACAAACCAAAGACAAAUUCCACAAAGAGGCCCAGGAUAACAAGACAAUGUCAUAAAUCUGUCCACCAUACCCUUGCGCCACAAGUCUGAAGCAAGUCCACCAACUAACAGUUUUAAGCACACUAUCUGGGAUGGUUCCAACAACCAUGUUUAAAUACUAAACGUGGACACCAUCAUCAAAUUAUGCUGUUUCUUGUCUUUUUGCUACUAACUACUGACGCUGCUUUUAGCGCUCUUAGAGCAUGCUCUGGCUUACUCUAAAGCUGCUCCUCUAAAACCAUCAGAAAUCAUCUGGUCUCAUCACUCUUCUUGCUGGCUUCUACUUUAAUUUCUUUUCUGUUGAGGGUUCAGUGUUCGGAGUUAAGUUUUGCCGCAACGCCAUGUCUCCUGAGGCCAAUCCCGAGUGCCAGUCUUAAAAUUCAACCACCCCACAACUUCGCGACUUCAGCUAGAGCUGGGCGAUAUGGC